UUUCAGGCAACGCUUAUCCUUAAGCUUCAGCUCAGCGCAAUGUAUCGCGUCUAACAAAGGUCAGUCUCAGCUAUCAAAGGCUACUUUUCUCGACCAGUCAGCGCUGGUACAGAGGCAAUCCUCCUACAACGACUAUGCGCUCCUUGCAGCGCCCCUUACCCAGCGCGCGAGGCGCUGUUUGCCCACGAAGACCUGUCCAUAGGAUGGUAUCAUGCAGCGCUGCUGCUCGGCCAAUCGCUAGAGCCACCGACCAGCAAAAGCUGGAACUUUUAAAAAGAGUGGAAUGCUUCAUUUUCGAUUGCGAUGGUGUCAUAUGGCUGGGCGACAAAGUGAUUGAUGGAGUGCCGGAAACACUGGACAUGCUGAGAGGCAUGGGCAAGAGGGUGUUCUUCGUGACCAACAACUCCACCAAGUCGCGGGCGGGCUACAUGGCCAAGUUCCAAUCGCUGGGACUCAACGUGCAAGCGGAGGAGAUCUACUCCUCCUCAUACGCCGCGGCAGCAUACCUGGAGUCCAUCAACUUUGACAAGAAGGUGUAUGUGGUGGGCGAGGCGGGUAUCCUGGAGGAGCUGCAGCUCAAGGGCAUUCACCACCUGGGCGGCCCCGCGGAUGCGGACAAGCGUGUGACACUGCGCAGCGGGGAGUUCAUGGAGCAUGACGCGGAGGUGGGUGCGGUGGUGGUUGGCUUCGACCGGCACAUCAACUACUACAAGAUCCAGUACGCCACGCUGUGCAUCCGGGAGAACCCCGGCUGCCUCUUCAUCGCUACCAACCGGGACGCCGUGACGCACCUCACGGACGCGCAGGAGUGGGCAGGCAAUGGUUCCAUGGUGGGCGCUAUCGCGGGCUCCACCAAGCGCGAGCCCACCGUGGUUGGCAAGCCCUCGGACUUCAUGCUGCGCAACAUCUGCGCCCGUCUGGGGCUGCGGCCGCAGCAGAUCUGCAUGGUGGGAGACCGGCUGGACACGGACAUCAUGUUCGGCAAGAACGGCGGACUCAACACGGCGCUGGUGCUGUCGGGUGUGACCACGGAGGAGGUCCUCAACUCGCCAGGCAACACUGUGGUGCCAGACCUGGUGCUGCCCAAGCUACCCGACCUGCUCUCAGUCAGGGAGGCAGCUGUGGUGGCGGCGUAGAGCGGGGGCGUAGGAGCUGUCUGGAGGAGAGAGCCGCCGAUUAGGAGGUGCUGGACCUGGGCAGCUGGAGGGUCCUGUUGCAACCUGUUGGGGCCUCGGCCUUUCGCAUAGCGUGCAUGAUUGGAGGCUGUAUACCACGGAAAGCUAUGUUGUAGUAAUAUGUAAUGUAAGAAAGAGUGACGAAUGGGGGCUAGACAUGCUGUGUAACCCGUUGUGUGGUUGGGGGAGUCCUCCGGUACGCUGGGGAGUGGGAGAGGGCUGUUCGAGUGUAUUGAGAGAUGUGCUGCAUGUGGGCCGUGCACUUGGCGCCCGCAAUGUGGACCAAUCCUGUUCUCAAACUGAAAGCUGGAAUAGGGACAAAGUGCAGUAUUGGAUUACAAUCCAGCACUCUUGCUCGUUCAGGGCCCUCACGCCACCACACACGUCGUGCCGCCAGCUGCAAGUGGUCACGUCCAAGUGCACACGUCCGGCGUUAUGCACCCGCACUAUAAGUCCCAGCUAACCAGCCAGUAUCUGAGGUGCCGUAAUACACGGCGCCAGGCGCCCAAGCAGUCGCUUACACGCUGCCACCCAGUUCCGAGCUUCCCAGUCUUGCAUCCUCAUGAACCAUACCUCACCCCUCCCUCCCGGCUCAAACACCAGCUCCCGCCACUCCAUAUGCCAGCCCACGUCGCCGUUAUCGCCAUGUAUGUGCAGUACUCGUAGUUAGGGGUCCGCCAUGCUUGUCGUCAAGACCUCGGCGCUCAUCAUGCCGACGCUGAUGGCGGCAGUCGGUUCUCAGAGCGCCAAGGGUCGUGGCCGACCUCCUUCAUGACAGCCUUCAUCUCCAUUUCGCCCGCCUUCUGCUCAAUCAGGCGUGCGAUAUCCU